CCCCGCAGGACUGGCGGCAUUGGAUACAGUUUUACGGACUCUACCGACUUGGGAAUUAGCUGACACUGCAAACAUGCCGUCCAAGCCUGCCCCGAUCAAGAAGGCGGCUAAGAAAGAACCAGCCAAGAAGGAGGAGAAGGCUCCAGAGCCGGCUCCUGAACCCGCCCCUGCCCCCGCUGAGGCCGAAGCUGCACCUGCUCCUGCCGAGGCAGAGGCCCCCGCGGCCCCGCCAGCUGAGGAGCCCAAACCCCCCACCCCACCUCCACCCGCAGAUGAGCCCACAAGUGUCCCCCUGGACCUGUUUGUUGAGGAUAAGAACGACACUUCAGUCACUAUCAUCUGGAGCCAGCCAGAGGUCGUCGGACCAUCCGGCCUGGAUGGAUACACUAUUGAAGUCUGCAAGGACGGAACUGAGGACUGGAAGGCAGUCAAUGAGGAACUGCAGAAGUCCACCCGCUACGUUAUCAAGAACCAGACCACUGGUGAUCGCCUGAAGAUCCGCGUGGUGGCUGUGAAUGCUGGCGGCCGCAGCCCCCCCGUCACCCUGCCCGAGGCCGUCCUGGUGAAGGAGGUCGCUGAUCGUCCCAAGGUCCGCCUGCCACGUUUCCUCAGGCAGAGAUACGUCACCCAAGUUGGAUCUAAGAUCAACCUGACCAUCCCCUUCACAGGCAAACCCAAACCAGUGGUUUCCUGGUUAAAGGAUGGGCAGCCCCUGGACACAAAGAAGGUGAACAUCCGCAGCACCGACAGAGACAGCAUCCUGUUCAUCCGUGCAGCCGAGAGAGAAGACUCUGGAGUGUAUGAAAUGUGUGUGAAGGUGGAUGACUUCGAGGACAAGGCUUCACUCACCCUGCAAAUUGUUGAGCUGCCGGGGCCUCCCGCCAGUGUGAAGAUCGUGGAUACCUGGGGUUUCAACGUUGCUCUGGAGUGGACCGCACCCAAAGACAAUGGAAACACAGAAAUCACAGGUUACACUGUCCAGAAGGCCGACAAAAAGACUGGAGACUGGUUCACUGUGUUGGAGCAUUACCAUAGACUGAAUGCCACCAUCUCUGACCUCAUCAUGGGCAACACUUACAGGUUCAGAGUGUUCUCCGAAAACAAGUGUGGAAUGAGCGAGUCGGCUUCUAUCGCAAAGGGGGAGGCCAAGAUCCUGAAGACAGGUAUCGAAUACAAGCCCCCAGAGUACAAGGAGCACGACUUCAGCGAGGCGCCCAAAUUCACCACCUCUCUGUCUGACAGAGCCACCACCGUCGGCUACAGCACCAAGCUGCUGUGCUCCGUCAGGGGAUCCCCAAAACCCAAGGUCAUGUGGAUGAAGAACCAGAUGAUUAUUGGAGACGACCCCAAGUACAGGCAGAUCUGCGUCCAGGGUAUCUGCUCUCUGGAGAUCCGUAAGCCUGGUAACUUUGACGGUGGUGUGUACUCCUGCAAGGCCCUGAACGAUCACGGAGAGGCAACUGUCAGCUGCAAACUGGAGGUCAAACAGGCAAACGUUGCAGAGGCAGACAAGAAAUAAGUCAACAUUCGCAUUCUCACAGGAGCAGAAGGAAUGAGGCCUUUGCAGCAUAAGGAAGGUGCUGGAUUCCUGGAAGAGCAUGUAUAUAUGGCUGGUGACCACACUACCAAAAGGGUUGUUGCCUGCGACCUCUUGCCAAGUGUUACCCUGUGUUAUGAUGAACAAUUGUUGUCGCUUUAUGCCUUUAUCGUUAAACUACAAGUCCACAUCCGUGUCCACAAUCAGCUUUUUCCCCCAACGAUACUGUAUAUGGUAACUGAAUUGUCAUCCUGUCAGUCUAACUUGGUGUACACCAACACUUCGACAGCAUUAACUUACUCUUCCUCACGGGAGAACUACAUGUAACAUCCACGUGUUUAUAUCAAUAAAUAAUUUAAUUUCUGGUUUUGAUUUUUCAA